AUGGGGAACUCCGAGAGUCAGUACACCCUUCCAGGAUCUAAAAACUACAGCAAUACUGUUACUGGUGCUAAGCAAAAGCCUUGCUCCCUGAAAAUCCGCAGCAUCCUUGCAAAAGAUGAGAAGUCAUUGCAUGGGUGCAGUAAUGGAAGCAGCGGGGCGAGCUACAAGUCCAGGUCCCUGGCCCGCAGCUGCCUUUCUCACUCUAAGAGUAACCAGCCGUAUGCAUCAAGACUCAGUGGACCCACCUGCAAAGUGUCCAAAGGUACUAGCUACUCCAAGCACAGGACAAAUGCCUCAGGGAACGACUCCCAGGGGAGUAGUGCUGCUUUCUCUCCUGAGAAUGGCUUCUCCUAUGUUGGCCACCAGCCAGCAGAUAACCACAUCACCUCUCGAGACUGCAACGGACACCUUCUCAACUGCUAUGGGAAGAAUGAGAGUGUUGCAUCCACGCCCCCAAGGGAAGACCAGAAGAGCCCCAAGGUGCUCAUCAAAACGCUGGGGAAGCUGGAUGGAUGUUUAAGGGUAGAGUUUCACAAUGGUGCCAACCACAGCAAAGUGCCUGCAGAGGACUCCAGGGGACCAGUGCAGCUGCUGAGGUAUUCACCCACCUUAGAAUCAGACAGCUCCCACGUGCCUGAAGUCAGGAGGAAUUCUAGUGCUGAGUACCUGUCCAGCCACUGCCUUUCUCCCACCGACUCUCGCCUGCGGUCCAGCAAAGGCAGCUCCCUGAGUUCUGAGUCAUCCUGGUACGACUCCCCGUGGGGCAAUGCUGGAGAGAUGAGUGAACUAGAGGGCUCCUUCCUGGCCCCUAGCACCCCGGACCCCAGCCUCCAUGCCAGCUUCCCACCAACUGAUGCCAAAAAGCCUUUCAACCAAAGUGCUUCCCUCUCCUCGCUCCGGGAAUUAUACAAAGAUUCCGCCCUCGGGGGUCUCCCUCCCUCGGGUAUCCGGCUCUCUGAUGAAUACAUUGGCAUGCACGCUGGCCUAGGCAACCGCGUCUCCUUUGCCUCCGACAUCGAUGUGUCCUCCAGAGUGGAGCACAGGGACCCCGGCCAGUACAGCUCCUUCACCCUCCCCUGCCGGAAGUCCAAACCCUUAACAGAGGAUACUUCUAAGAAGGACACCCUGAAAUCCCGAAUGCGGCGGAUCAGCGACUGGACUGGAAGCCUCUCCCGGAAGAAAAGGAAACUCCAGGAGCCCAGGUCCAAGGAGGGCAGUGACUACUUUGACAGCCGCUCCGAUGGACUGAAUGUGGACACGCAGGGGCCCUCCCAGGUGUCAGCUUUACUGUGGUCAGGGGGCUCAGCGCAGGUCUUGCCUCAGAGGAGCGAGUCCACGAACGCGAUCGGCAGCGAUCCCCUGCGACAGAAUAUUUACGAGAAUUUCAUGCGAGAGUUGGAAAUGAGCAGGACGAACGCGGAGAACGUAGAGACAUCCACAGAAACGGCCGAGUCCAGCAGCGAGUCCCUCAGCUCCCUGGAGCAGCUGGAUCUCCUCUUUGAGAAGGAGCAGGGUGUGGUCCGCAAAGCUGGGUGGCUCUUCUUCAAACCCCUUGUCACUUUGCAGAAGGAAAGAAAACUCGAGCUGGUGGCCCGGAGGAAGUGGAGACAGUACUGGGUAACACUCAAAGGCUGCACUCUACUGUUUUAUGAGACCUAUGGCAAGAAUUCCACGGACCAGAGCAGUGCGCCUCGAUGUGCUGUGCUUGCGGAAGACAGCAUCGUACAGUCUGUCCCAGAGCACCCCAAGAAGGAGAACGUGUUCUGCCUCAGCAACAACUUUGGAGACAUCUAUCUUUUCCAGGCCACUAGCCAGACAGAUCUGGAAAACUGGGUCACUGCCAUACAUUCCGCUUGUGCGUCCCUUUUUGCAAAGAAGCAUGGGAAAGAGGACACCGUUCGGCUCCUGAAGAACCAGACCAAAAACCUGCUUCAAAAAAUAGAUAUGGACAGCAAGAUGAAGAAGAUGGCUGAGCUGCAGCUGUCCGUGGUGAGCGACCCAAAGAACAGAAAAGCCAUAGAGAACCAGAUCCAGCAAUGGGAACAGAAUCUGGAGAAAUUUCACAUGGAUCUGUUCAGGAUGCGCUGCUAUCUGGCCAGCCUCCAAGGUGGGGAGUUGCCAAACCCCAAGAGUCUCCUGGCUGCCACCAGUCGCCCCUCCAAGCUGGCCCUCGGCAGGUUGGGCAUCUUGUCGGUUUCUUCCUUCCAUGCACUGAUAUGUUCUAGAGAUGACUCUGCUCUCCGGAAGAGAACACUGUCGCUGACUCAGCGAGGGAGAAGUAAGAAGGGCAUAUUUUCUUCAUUAAAAGGGUUGGACACACUGGCGAGAAAAGGGAAGGAGAAGAGACCUUCCAUAACUCAGAUAUUUGAUUCAAGUGGUGGCCAUGGAUUUUCUGGAACUCAGCUACCUCAAAACUCCAGUAAUUCCAGUGAGGUCGAUGAACUUCUGCACAUAUACGGUUCAACCACAGAUGGUGUUCGCCGAGACAGCACAUGGGAAACACAGGCUUACAUUCACUUCCAGGAUAACCAAGGAGUCACUGUCAUGAUCAAACCAGAACACAGAGUAGAAGAUAUUUUGACCUUGGCAUGCAAGAUGAGGCAGUUGGAGCCCAGCCACUAUGGCCUACAACUUCGAAAAUCAGUAGAUAAAAACACUGAAUACUAUAUUCCUGGGCCAUAUGAGUACAUGCAAGACCAGGCUUAUGAUGAAAUAGAAGUCUUUCCAUUAAACGUUUAUGAUGUACAGCUUACUAAGACUGGAAGUGUCUCCGACUUUGGGUUUGCAGUGACAGCCCGGGUGGACAAACAUCAGCAUCUCAGCCGGAUAAUCAUAAGUGAUGUUCUCCCUGAUGGCUUGGCGUAUGGGGAAGGGCUGAGAAAGGGCAAUGAAAUUGUGACCUUAAAUGGGGAAGCCGUGGCUGAUCUUAACCUGAAGCAAAUGGAGGCCCUGUUUUCUGAGAAGAGUGUGGGACUCACCCUGGUUGCUCAGCCUCUGGAAGCAAAAAGAACCCUGGGUACUUCCUGGUCCGACAGUGACCUGUUCUCCACUGACCAGAAAAGGCUGCUGCCUCCCCUUAACCAAUCCCAGCUUCUGGAGGAAUUCCUGGAUAACUUUAAAAAGAACACAGCGAAUGAUUUCAGCAAUGUCCCUGACGUCACGACUGGCCUGAAAAGGAGUCAGACCGAUGGCACCCUGGACCAGGCUCCCCACAGGGAGAAAAUGGAGCAGACCUUCAGGAGUGCUGAGCAGAUCGCUGCACUGUGCAGGAGCUUUGUCGACACCCAGACGGACGGCAUGGAGGCACCACAGGGGAGUCGGGACCCCCCGCCCCGGCCCCUGGCCCGCCACCUCUCCGACGCAGACCGUCUCCGCAAAGUCAUCCAGGAGCUCGUGGACACGGAGAAGUCCUAUGUGAAGGAUCUGAGCUGCCUCUUUGAAUUAUACUUAGAGCCACUUCAGAGUGAGACCUUUCUUACACAAGACGAGAUGGAGUCACUUUUUGGAAGUUUGCCAGAGAUGCUUGAGUUUCAAAAGGUGUUUCUGGAGACUCUGGAGGAUGGGAUUUCAGCGUCAUCUGACUUCAACACACUUGAAACCCCCUCGCAGUUUAGAAAGUUACUGUUUUCCCUUGGAGGCUCGUUCCUUUAUUAUGCGGACCAUUUUAAACUGUACAGCGGAUUCUGUGCUAAUCAUAUUAAAGUACAGAAGGUUCUAGAACGAGCAAAAACUGAUCAAGCCUUCAAGGCCUUUCUGGACACCCGGAACCCCACCAAACAGCACUCCUCCACACUGGAGUCGUACCUCAUCAAGCCAGUCCAGAGGGUGCUCAAGUACCCGCUGCUGCUCAAGGAGCUGGUGUCCCUGACAGACCGUGAGAGCGAGGAGCACUAUCACCUGACAGAAGCACUAAAGGCAAUGGAAAAAGUUGCAAGCCACAUCAAUGAGAUGCAGAAGAUAUACGAGGAUUAUGGGACUGUGUUUGACCAGCUGGUGGCAGAACAGAGCGGAACAGAGAAGGAGGUGACAGAACUUUCGAUGGGAGAGCUUCUGACGCACACUACAGUUUCUUGGUUGAAUCCAUUUCUGUCUCUAGGAAAAGCCAGAAAGGACCUUGAACUCACAGUGUUUGUUUUUAAGAGAGCUGUCAUACUGGUUUAUAAAGAAAACUGCAAACUGAAAAAGAAAUUGCCCUCGAAUUCCCGGCCUGCACACGGCUCUGCUGACUUGGACCCGUUUAAAUUUCGCUGGCUGAUCCCCAUAUCCGCGCUUCAAGUCAGGCUGGGGAACACAGCAGGGACGGAAAAUAAUUCCCUUUGGGAGCUGAUCCACACUAAGUCAGAAAUAGAAGGACGGCCGGAAACCAUCUUUCAGUUGUGUUGCAGCGACGGUGAAAGCAAAACCAACACUGUGAAGGUGAUCCGUUCUAUUCUGCGGGAAAACUUCCGGCGCCACAUAAAGUGUGACCUACCCCUGGAGAAAACAUGUAAGGAUCGCCUGGUACCUCUUAAGAACCGUGUUCCUGUUUCAGCGAAAUUAGGUGAGGAUUUUGCUAGGCAUCUGUUUGUUGAGUAAAACAUCACGAACUUCUCCCAAAGGAUAUGUGCUCUUGUAAUCAAGCUGUAAAUAAUAGCUUUAUAAAUUACUGGGGAUAACUUUCAGAGUUCUAAACCAGGAACCCACAUAUGUAGGGUGAUGUGAGAAGUCAGUGGCAACUUUAUUUCCUUUUAAGAGACCUAAAAAUAAAAUGCCUCUUGUUCCAAGAUGACCUUUUAUAAACUAGAACCACCCAAACUCCCAUAAAACCAAACCCAAACCAGUUG